AUGAAGAUUUUAAUAUUUUAGAUUCUUUUUGCAUUUUUGAAAAAUUAUGCCAUAUGUAGAAUUAUCUUAGAAGAUUAGAGAUAUAAUUUUCCAUUAGAAGCCAACAACUCCAAUACAAUUUAUUUGAAUGAUUAUACUUAAGAGAUUGUUUCCCCAUAUUAUUCAAUUCAAAGUUCUAACUAAUUCAAUUUAAAAAUUGAUUAAUCAAUAUAACAAUUUGGGAACUUGAAUUUUAGUAAAUUUUAUGAAUAAUAUUAGAUUAAUCAAUACGAAUAGGUAGUAAUUAUAUUGCUCAAUCUGAAUCUGGAUUGUAUUCAAAUUUUUUUUGGGCCUUAACUGUUUAAUAGACACUUUUUAAAGGAUUAAUAAAAACAAAUGGAGAAAUAUUAAUGAUUUAAUUAGAUUUUAUGAUUUCAAUGGGUAAUAUAAAUUAUAGAUUGUAUUUAUAGUUGAAUAAAGCUGCUUCAUAAUAUUCUCUCCUCUAAUUGAGUAUUAUAUCUUAAAACAAAAUCAAAUUUGAGGUAGAAAUAAUUUAUAUCAACACUAAUUCAUAUAAGUUAAUACAGUAUCCUUUUUUGAGUUAUGAAUUUAUGUUUAUUACACAUUACAAUGAAAAUGAUAUAACUGAGUAACUUCUUAUAAUAUAUAGCGCAGAAAAUGGAAAUUUCAUUUAAUCGAUUUUAUAGAAUGUAACUAGAAUUUAUGAAAGCAAUUUAUUAGUAGCUAUUAAUUAUGAUAAUGAAAAAGUUUAUAAAAUUGAAGAUUAGCAAAUAUUAAAAUUAAUCCAUCACACCUUUUUUUUGGAAAUAUUUAGAAUUAUACAGUAAUAUGUGAUUUAUGUAAAUCUUUUAAUUAUAUUUAACCAAUUGAUAAAAUUAAUUCAUACUCUUUAAACAUAGGCUAUCAAAAAAUUUUAAAUUAAAAAGAUUUCACUUAUAUAUCAGAUUAAUAAAAUUACUUAUAUUAAUUUCGUCCUGAAAUCAGAUAAUUAUCUAUGCUUUAUAGAUUAUAAGUUUAAAAUGAUUAAAAAUGGGAAGCUCUUUUCAUUAAAAUCUAAACUUAAUUCCCUGUGUAAUUUGUUCUGGAGAAUCAACCUAUAUAUAUGCAUCCAGCACAUAUUCAAAUUAAAUUAUUACUUAGGAGUUUUCAGAGAUUAGUUCAUAUUUUAGUUCAGACUACAAAAAUUGUAUUCUUGA